GAGCGCGAGCACGCGGCCCGCGAGGCAUUCUGGGGGUUGUAGUUCCGGGCGCGUCCGCGGUGGUGCGGGCCUACGUCGGCCGCGCUCUCUAUGCUCGCGGAGGACAGAGUGGCCCAGCUGUUGCCAUGGCUUCUCGGUCCUGCCGCGGGAGGGAGGCAGCCCAGCCAGGCGCCCGCUAGCUUCGGCGGCGGGGUGGACCGGGAAGCGGAAGGAAUCUGGUGCGGUGGGUCCCGGAGCCUGGGGCGGAGCGCGGGGGCACCCGAAACCCCGGACAGCGGCGGGGAGCGGGGGAAGCGCUUCCUUCCCGAUUUGCCGAGUAGAGCCGGUCUCCCCACGCCCACCCCCACUGCUCCCCAGCAGCCUUCGGUGUGGAAGAAUGGCAGUGAGCCACUCGGUGAAGGAGCGGACCAUCUCUGAGAACAGCCUGAUUAUCCUGCUGCAGGGCCUCCAGGGCCAGGUAACCACCGUGGACCUGCGGGAUGAGAGCGUGGCCCGCGGACGCAUAGACAACGUGGAUGCUUUCAUGAACAUCCGCCUGGCCAACGUCACCUACACAGACCGCUGGGGGCAUCAGGUCGAGCUGGAUGACCUCUUCGUGACGGGCCGUAACGUCCGUUAUGUCCACAUCCCAGAUGAUGUGAACAUCACGGCGACCAUUGAGCAGCAGCUGCAGGUCAUCCACCGGGUGCGCAACUUCGGCAGCAAGGGCCAAGGCCGGCGGGAAUUUCCCUCCAAAAAGUAUAAAUGAGCCUUCCCCUCGGCCAGCUCCAGUCCCCACUCAGGUUCCUCCAGAGUUCUACUGAGCCAACCGCCUGCUCCCCUCCCUGCCCAGAGUCUGGAAAGAGAGCGGGCCCGGCCCAGUCACAGCUGCCUUUCACAGGGUCCCGUCUCCUAGACUCACUCUGGGAUCCUACUUACCUGUCUGUGGCCUUGAUCAUUUACAUUGGAAUCUGAUUUACUGAUUUAGGGAAUCUGCCAAAUCGUUUUCAGCCCUCUCCCAGUGAGGGUUCUCGAGCGUACUCAGCCUGAGCCACCCCUGAGCGUUCCGGUUUCUCACAAUUGUGUUUGCUUUCUCAGAAAACUUGGAUACAAACAAGUCCGUGCCUCAUGCUUUCCCUGAUGUGUGCUGGGCUCCGUGUGGGUCCUGCGUCAUAGGGCAGUGGUGCUUAAAUGUGGCAGCACAUUGCCAUCACCUGUCCCACCAUCAGCUAUUCAGACUGGUAUUGGGUGUAGCCUGGACAUUGGGAUUCUUUUUAAGUUUCUCAGGUGAGGGGUGCUUGGGUGGCUCAGUCAGUUAAGUGUCUGCCUUCGGCUGAAGUCAUGAUCCCAGGGUCCUGGGAUCGAGCCCCGAGUCAGGCUCCCUGCUCAGUG